AUGUAUAAUAAUAAUAAUAAUAAUAUUACUCCUCUAAAUACAAUUGAAACAUUAAAUAAUAAUCGAACUGUGAUUCAUAUUGGUGAACCAACCUUAUCAUCUCAACAAUAUACAGAUACAAAAAGUGUAAAUGAUAUAAUUAAUCGUUUUAAUACGUUUAAUACAUCACCAACGCCAACAGUAUGGGAUGGCCAAUAUACAUUUACAAAUGAGACUCCACCUAUCCUUAUCUAUCAUCUUCGUCUACCGUUCGAAACAUUAAUGGAUUCUAUUCGUAUACAAGCUGACGCGGAAUUAGAU